UCUGAGCUGGAGGAGUUAGCCGUGAGGCUGCAAAUAAAGCAGAUGUGUUUUGUGAAUUUCAGUAGUGUCUAGUCUUUCAUUUACCAAAGUUGAUGAUAUAGCAUGUAACCUGUGGUGUCUUUAUUUUGCAUUUUGUUCUUUUUUUUAAGUACCUAUACUCACAUAAGAGGAAUGAAAUGGAGAAAUUAAGAAAAUAUGAGAGAGAGGAGGAUCAUUUUUAUCAUCAGGGAGCUGUGGAACUGCUGGUCUUUAACUUUUUGCUCAUACUUACAAUAUUAACAAUUUGGUUAUUUAAAAAUCAUCGAUUCCGCUUUUUGCAUGAAACUGGAGGAGCCAUGGUUUAUGGUCUCCUAAUGGGACUAAUUAUACGAUAUGCAACAACACCAACAGACCUUGAAAGUGGAACUGUCUAUGCUUGUGAGAAGCUGAAGUUUGGCCUACCCACUCUACUUGUUAAUAUAACAAAUCAAGUAUACGAAUAUCAGUACAAAAGGGAAAUCAGCCAACACAACGUUAAUGCUCACCAAGGCAAUGCAAUGCUUCAAAAGAUGACAUUUGAUCCUUCAAUCUUCUUCAAUGUUUUACUGCCACCUAUUAUAUUUCAUGCUGGAUAUAGUUUAAAGAAGAGACAUUUUUUUCGUAAUUUAGGAUCAGUCUUAACAUAUGCCUUCUUGGGAACGGCCAUCUCUUGCUUUAUUAUAGGGUUGAUAAUGUAUGGCUUUGUGAAGGCCAUGCUACAUGUUGGCCAGUUAAAAGGAGAGGAUUUUCACUUCACUGAUUGUUUAUUCUUUGGCUCCUUGAUGUCUGCUACAGACCCAGUGACUGUUCUGGCUAUUUUCCAUGAGCUGCAUGUGGAUACAGAUCUGUAUACCCUCCUUUUUGGGGAAAGUGUCCUAAAUGAUGCUGUGGCUAUAGUUCUGACAUAUUCAAUAUCCAUUUACAGUCCCAAGGAGAAUCCUAACACAUUUGAUGCUGCUGCUUUCUUCCAGUCUGUGUGGAAUUUUCUGGGGAUCUUUGCUGGAUCGUUUGCAAUGGGGUCCUCGUAUGCUGUUGUCACAGCUUUAUUGACCAAAUUUACAAAGCUAUGUGAAUUCCCCAUGUUGGAAACAGGCCUGUUUUUCCUCCUGUCUUGGAGUGCCUUCUUGUCAGCAGAAGCUGCUGGGCUUACAGGAAUUGUUGCAGUCCUUUUUUGUGGAGUCACGCAGGCCCAUUAUACCUACAACAAUCUGUCAUCAGAUUCUAAAAUGAGAACUAAACAGUUGUUCGAGUUCAUGAAUUUCUUGGCCGAGAAUGUUAUCUUCUGUUACAUGGGACUUGCACUAUUCACAUUCCAAAAUCAUAUAUUCAAUGCUCUCUUUAUAUUUGGGGCAUUUGUGGCAAUUUUCAUAGCAAGAGCAUGCAACAUAUACCCACUUUCUUUCAUUCUGAAUUUGGGUCGAAAACAAAAGAUUCCCUGGAACUUUCAACACAUGAUGAUGUUUUCAGGUUUACGUGGCGCAAUAGCGUUUGCUCUCGCUAUUCGGGACACAGACUCUCAACCCAAACAAAUGAUGUUUACCACAACACUGCUUAUUGUGUUCUUCACAGUCUGGGUUUUUGGAGGGGGCACCACGCCGAUGCUCACGUGGCUUCAGAUCAGGGUUGGCAUAGAUCCAGAUGAAGACCUGAAAGCAGAAACUGCAAGCCAGAGAGCAGCUACUGCGGAUAAGAACACGACCAAGGCUGAGAGCGCAUGGCUAUUCAGAAUAUGGUAUGGGUUUGAUCAUAAAUAUCUGAAACCCAUUUUAACUCAUGCUGGUCCACCGCUUACAACAACAUUACCUGCAUGGUGUAAUCCCAUUGCCAGACUACUAACUAGCCCAAGAGCAUAUGGAGAGCAUCUGAAGGAUGAUGACAUGGACUGUAUCGUCAGCAAUGAUGAACUGGCUGCAAAUUAUGAACCCCCCAACCCUAUUCCAGUGCCGGCACAGGCCAGUAUAGACUCACUCCAGACUCCAGGCAAGGAAAACAUUCGUGAAGGAGACCUUGGACUAAGCGGAUGUGAGCUCCAUCUUGAACACAUCUUGAACACACUCCAGCAAAAGCCCAGUUGAAUUCAUUGGCAUGAGCAGUGCAAAUAUAAUCACAAGAAAUGCAUGGAACAUGAAGGAAUAUAAGCCAAACUUACUAUGCAGUGUUGGUAAGAAGCUAGAAAAUGUAUUAAAAGCAUAAAUUGAAGAGAAUCAAACCCUUGUCAAAUAUAGCUCCUGGCGCCUGAAGAAAUGAUAAUUUAUCAUCAUCAUCUAUAUGUAGUACAACCAAAUUUAAUUUUUUGACAGUGGCAAUUUUUAUUAAUGAAAUUGAUGGCACUGUCUGUUACAGGCAUAUUACAAAUUACUUCUCGUGAACAUACACACACAAAGGCUUCGGACUGUUAUUUGUUAAUUAAAUCAUGUGGUGAGGAGAAAUAUUGAUUAACAUGAUCAUGUUCAGAUGAUCAUGGAACUUUGUAAAAAGUUUCUCCCAGGCAGACAUGUCACCUAUGGGACAGGUGAAAAUUUAUUUUGUACAAAAGAAAACUUUGGGCAUUUGCUUUCUUUUUACCAAGCGUUGGGACUCACCCCUAAUGCUUAUAGCAUUUGGCAUUUUUUAGACAGCCAGUCCAAUGGAAACAUCAGCAAAAAUAAGUGUCAGACCUUGAGUUGCAGAGAGUUAAUCCAGAUCACAAAUACUAUGCAUAGUUAUAUAAGCUGUUCAAGCUAAAAAGUCAAAAACAGGACUUUUUACUAUUAUUUUGAGUGACCACGACCACUAUGACAUACAGCACUUAUACUUAUCCCACGAUGCACUUGUUUCUAAAGCUUGACAAUAAGUUUUUAUACAUAGCUUGCAUGAUGGGAACAAUUUAGGAAUGUUUGUGCACAACAACAUACAAAGUUUAUAUUUUGAUGUUAGUGUCUCAGGUGUUUAUUUUGUUUGGCGGGGCAUGAGUGAGAGAGCGUGUCUGUGUGCAUAUUAUAUAUACACACACAAAAGCACUGUGAAAGUUUACUUUUUAAGGUAAGAUUUUUUCAAAGUAAGGUGUACAUAAUCACACACAUUUGGCACUUAGAUAUUUGCAGUGAUGGUAAAACCUAGAUAGACAAAUGAGAGAAAGAUUUAGAUAUGGAAAUCCCAGUUCUGUCUGCAUAAAUUCAGCAUGUGAAUUCACACAUGGUCAGUCACGCACCUAACAGAUCAUGAUGUACCAGUAUCAGGCAUUUGCACAUAUAAAUUGGUUAUUGCAAAUGCAUGGGCACAGGGGCAUGUCUCUAACAUUAAAAGUCUGGCUCUGUAUCUUCUCAGCACAGGACUUUUAGCUCAGAUGCAGCAUAAGUUGCUUAUCAAAUUGCAUGAAAGUUAAACCAUGAGGGAAAGUUUUUAACAAGGUCAUUCUUAACAAAGGGAGACAUUUCUGAGCCAUAGGGAGUGGGGGCGGAAAAAUCAAGUCAUCCCAACGAAACCAUGAAUUAUCAGAAAGCUGAAUGGGUUUUGAUUCCCUCACAAAUGGAAACAAACACAAACUUAAAUAUAAUCCAGUUUUAGUCAUUCUUGUCCAGGCUAAUUAAUUGCUGAUUGGAUUUAAUACAACACCAGCUGCUCUAAGCAUAAAUUUAACACAGAAGUCCUAUGUGCUUUUCUGAACCAUCAGAAAACUUAAAUUGGCAUUUUGUUUUCCCUAAUCAAGGGGCUUCAAAGGAUGUUAGUCCCCAAGAGUGGGGGAAGGGAGCAGGAAAUUAUUCUGUAUUCAGUCUCAAGGAAAAGCAGUGGCUUUGGAACUCCCCAUGUAGCUGAAGUGGGGGGCUGGAAGCUGUACAUCUUUGCUGCAAAAACUUAAAAAAACAACGAAUGGUCUAGCAGCACCUUAGAGACUAACAAAACGUAGAUGGUAUCAUGAACUCUCGUGGGUAAAACCCACUUCUUCAGAUGAAUGGAGUAUUAAAAGGCCAGUUCCAAAAUAAAUAGGAGACAGGGUGGGGAGAAUGAAGUGGGGGAAAUAGUGAGUUAGAGUGUUCAUGUUACAUGAAGCUGAUAGGUUCUUAAGAACUGUUUGCACCUUCUCUAUUGUUUGGUUGGUUAGGGAUAGAGAGAAGAUGAAGUCGCAUGGUGUUAUGCCCUGAGUGGCCCAAAGGAGGCUGCAGUUGUGCACUGAGGGGCACAAGGUAGGUAGUGUUGAGGAGUUCCUCACAGCACAUGGAGAGAUGAGCACCUAGGGACAAGCUGAACAUUGCAUGACAGUGUACAUACAGCAGUGGGUCCUAUAGCGCAUUCAUGAAUUCAGUAGCUAGGGACACUGCCUUUAACCUUUACCAGUACCAUGUAAGUGUCCUCAUGUAUUCCUUAGAAUACAAUGAUUCCAGUUAGGCCUGGAGAGUCUUAGAUUUAAGAUGGAAAUAAUUAAAUCCUUGCAAUAGUAUCAGAAAGGUAUUAAGCUAGUUUUCCCUCCUUCUUCCCCACAGUUGGAAAUGGCACAAACUCUGUUUAACAAAUGGUCUGUUCUCAUACACACCCUCUGUGAUUCUUCCCCAUUUGAUUCAUUGUGGGUGUGUCCAUGUUUCAUUAAAUGGGAUCCAUCAGAGACUUAACCUGAUGUCUUCUGCUUAACCAUAAACUAGGAACUUUUGGAAAGAUCUUCCAUGCUGGCAUGCCAAUAUUCCUUGAGACUUACUUUGGAAAGAUAACUGCUUUUUCAGUCCUUGCUCUUCAUGCUGAGAUUAUCAACAAAGGCACAUCAGUGUUUUGUGGGGUGCACAAAUAUCCACUGGGGCUGACUGAGAAUACCCAAUUAGAUUAUUUUAGCUUUAUUGAUUUGAGCAAUCAAAAACCUUUAGUAGUGGUAAAAGGGUCCAUAAUCUAUUACUCUCCGCUGCAUUUUUAAAUCAUUCUUGUUUCCUAAUUUUAAAGUAUGCUUUGUACCGGUGAAAUACUGAUACAUAACAAGAUUCUGUAUUUAGCCAUAAGGGAUACUGGGAAACAGUGUCUGAUAACUCUACAUGAAAAUUUGAAUAGGGAUGUGCAAGAGGCCUUUAUAUUGUAAUUCAAUUCAUAUUAUGAACAUUUAAACUAUUUAAUUUGAUGCACUCCUUGAUUGAACAUGGGAUUCAUUACCAUGAUAAAUAUAUAACGCUAUUCUUCUUAUGUGACUUAAUCUGAUAAAACAUUGCUUCGAAAAUGAGACAUAAAAUACGUAGUCACAAUGUAAUGACUGCAUACUCAAUAUUAAUGUCAAUAUGCUAGAGAAGAAGGUGUCUGGAAUUCUACUGUUACUAAACCCUUACUCAAUUUCCAGUAGCAAUAACCAGAAUUCUUUAUUAAACUGCAGCACACGUUUAAAUAGGUUUUAGAAGUACAGGCAGUCCCCAGGUUACGUACAAGAUAGGGACUGUAGGUUUGUUCUUAAGUCGAAUCUGUAUGUAA